AGUAGAUUGUUUUCGGACGCUUCCUAAAUCUGAUCGUUGUUUUAUGUCUUGACGGGUGGCGCCAUCUAGCGGUCUGGUGCGGGAUGACUCAUGUUUUAUAGAUUUUUUUUCUGUAAGUACGCCAAUUAAAUAUUUGCUUUUAAACUAUUAACUAUGCAAAUCUUGCUCCUUGCUUUUUUUUUUUUAUUUAUUUUUGUUUUAGUUUUAUUCUUACUUGUGUGUAAAAUAUCUAUGCUUCAUCGCAGCAGGACCAUGCAGGUGAAAGUGAAACUAAAGCUCUUAUAUUAUUUUGGGGGAAAACCAGCGUCUGCAGCGAUUAAAAGAACGGAUGAAGACUUGAGUUAGAGGCUGUGAGACACAGACAAACAUGACGGACUUUUCUACCAUUUACAAACUUUCUCUGGUGGCGCUUUGGUGCUUCAUUCACGCCUCCAGCUGCAGCAGCUGCCCGCUGUUGGAGUGCUGGUUUGUUCAGGAGAAAAAGGGUCGAGGUGGAGGUUUAGCUGGAGCCACAACUCAGGAAAAAACUCUGCUUCACAUCAGAAAAGAUGAGCAUGACGACAGCGCAGAGUCCAGCCGAGCUCCAUCUGACAUCAACCCUGACAGGAUCUACAUCAUCACAGACCCCGCUGAAGCUCUGUGCCACCGCUCCUUCAACCCUCCCCGCGGCUCCAUCAAGAAGCCUCAGUGUGAAGUGAACCCCUUCCUGCCGCAGCCCUGCAGCCUGGCGUGGGUCCAGUCCCUCACGGAGAAAGCCUUCAGCCCCGUGUACCUGCAGGCCGACUGGUUUUCAGCCUCCUUCACGGGCGUGGAUGAGCAGCGGGGUGUUGCUACCAUCACGCGAGCUCCAUCAGGAACCAAGCAGCAAAGCGUGAUCCUGAGUCUGACCAGUAGAACCAUGUCUGCUCAGGCCAGGCUGGGGGAGCCGGUUACGCUGGACUGCAGCUUCUGGGCCGACCCGUUGUCUCCUCUGUCAGAGAUGGGUUUUGCCGUCGAGUGGCGGUAUCAGUUCAGAGGAGACGGCCGCCUCGUUCUGGCUUAUGACGGUAAGACGGACCGCCUGGCUGAGACUGUAGAGGAGGGCGCCACGCUGGACUUUGAGGCUGUGCACCAGAGAGGGAACGCAUCGCUGACCCUGCUGGAGACCAAAGUUCGGCAUUCUGGGACGUACAUCUGCUCGGUGUACCUGCCGUACCUGCUGGCUCAGAUAGCCAUGGAGCUGGAGGUCGUAGAACCUCCAUCCCUCUCCAUCCAUCCCUCCCCGCUCCCCCUCGCCGUCCCGGGUCAGGUUCUGAACAUCCAGUGCGAAGCGUCCGGAUUCGUCCCUCUCCCGGUAGACCUGAGCUGGGAGUUCAAAGGUGCGGACGGGAAGACCCGGUCCCUGGAGCCGGCGAGCAUGUCAGGUCACCGGCAGGCCUGGGACGGCACCUUCAGCCAGAGCACCCGGCUGCAGCUGGACACGUCUAAGCUGGACCUGGGCAGAGGGGGGGAGCUCACCUGCGUCGCCGUUCAUCGUGGAGGCACGCGGCGAGCCAGCGUGACCCUCAGUGUGAUCGGGUUCAGCUCGCCGUCCAUCGAGGACUCCAUGGCGAUGGUGGGCGUGGCCUUGGUGCUCUAUGGUCUCAUUAAGUUUGCCUCAUGGACUUUUACCAGCUCAGGAUCUGAUGAAGCUGCUAAAUCAGACAAGGAUAAGUGAACGAUGACAAAGGAGCAGCAGAAGUUUGUCAUUCAAUCAUAAGGUGUCUCAUAUUUUUAAAGGGGUUUCAUGUGCAGCUGUCCAGAUCUUUGUCUUCUUUAUGAUACAUUUUGUUCUUUGUGUGGUAGCUGGUUUGGACUUCCAUUUUUACAGAGAAUUGUUUGACCACACUACCUUUUUUUAUGUCCUUAUGUUGAUACAUGACAUGAUAAAACAUGAAAUUUCAGAGAAAUUGUAAAAAAAAAAUUUAAUUUAAACUAUGAACGGAGGCUGUGCUGUUUGAAGACUCCUAAUGGAUUUUUGAAUGAGAAAAGUUGUUGUUUCACUAAAAAUGCAACACGACUGUCCUUACACAUAAAGUAAAGUGUGUUUGUGUAAAUAGGAAGCCCAAAAUGUUUGUAUAUUUUAGUAAAAUUAAUGAACAUCUGUCUUUUUUUGUGUUUGCUAAAGUUAUGCUGAAAUAUUGACAAAAUUGUGGGAAAAAUCUAAAAAUUAAAAUAAUUUAAGAAGUGAAUGUAAUAGUGCUUUAUUUGUCACUUUCAAAAUGUAAUUUAUAAUGUUUCUUUGUGUGAACUGAUCUUACAUUUAGGCAUAAUAUGAACUGUCAUUAAACAGGUUUAAAAUACUA